AUGCUUCUGAAAGACGUCAGGCGCCUGGUGCUCUUUGUUUGUUUUGUCACUGUCGUACUCUAUAUUCAUUUCAGCCUCUACGGCGACCCAAUUGGCAUUUUGACGAAGUGGAACGACUUGCGCCAGCUUACGCCGGCAAACUCGUACGGGGAUAAUGACCUCAGUCAGCCGCAGGAGCAGGCAACACUGUCGACUUCUGGUUCAGAUCCCUCAAGUAUCCCAGGUGAUGUUGUAGUGGCAUCAUCUACAAGUGAUGAUGCAACGGAUGCCUCGGCCGGCCGUGGCUCCGUUUCUGGGAAUAUCGACGAAUUCUACAACGAGAUCUUCUCGUUAUCUACCAAGGACAGGAAAUUCUUCUUGAUUGAUUUCAAGGGAAUGCAGGCCACGAACCCCAACAUCAUCCCGCACCCGAAAUUGAAGGACAUCUGGGUCGUUGUGGCUCAGCAGGUGCAGGAGAUGCAGUCCAAUCGAUACAUCGAACUCGUUUGUCACGCGGUCUUCCGUGAUGGUGGUCUGCAGUGUCUGCAUCUACCCGCCACUCUACCCAUCGCCGCUACAACCGGCCAUCAAUGCAAGGGCGACCUGUCAUACUUUGAUCUCAGCAUCGGCCCGCACGACGCCCGCGUCUUCCUCGGGCCGGAGAAGCCCUACGUGGUGUACGGGUCCAACUCGAUGUCCACUUGCUUCGGUCAAUUUAUUCAGGACUUCUGCGCUCUUAUGGACUGGAGGUUCGACAUGGCCGGUCCAAUCAAUUUCCGUACAGGCACAGAGCUACAGCGACCGCCACCAUGGGGCAGAAUCGAGAAGAACUGGUUUGUGUUCUGGGAUAUUGCCGGUCAGAUGUACGGCCAUUACGAUAUUACACCCAAGCGUGUUUUUGCCCAAAUUGGCAUAGACGGUUCCGUAGGACCUGAUCUAGCACCUCUCGCAGCAGCCUCGGACGAGAAGUGCUUGGCCAGGUACAUGCCGCAGCUGGUGCCAGAUUUCGAGUCCAUUCACCAAGCGACCAACUCACUACAGAUCACAUUGUGCUGGCGUGCAGACCCGUUGUGCAUCCCCGACGAGAAUAACACCUUCCUCUUCACCAUUUACCAACACAAGACUUAUUACAACUACCACAGCGUGUACGAGCCGUACGUCAUGGUUUUCCAUCAGCGAAUACCAUUCCAGAUCCACGCUUUGUCACGCCGGCCCAUAUGGAUCCACGGACGCCAGCGGUAUCCGGACCGCGCUACCUCUGACAUGUUCUAUGUCACCUCGAUGAGUUGGAAGAAUCAGGAGCAGCGGUAUCACGGGUACUUGGAUGAUGAGCUUUUUCUUGCCUUUGGAAUCGAGGACGGGAGCGCUGCCGGGAUUGACCUGCAGGCAGGCGAUCUGAUGGGGGACCUAGGGUUAUGUAGCGAUAUUUAUAAGUGA